CUUUUUUUAGGUUUCAUUACUAAUUAUAUAAAACAAAAAGAUUGCGUCUGUUAAAUUGUAAUAAACAUGGAUCAUGUGAUGACAACUUCUGAACAAAAAUUAGCUGAAAAGUUGAUAAUUUUAAAUGACCAUGGACAGGGGAUGAUCACUCGUAUAUAUAACAUUAAAAAGGCAUGUUCUGACCCAAAGUCUCGACCAGCGUUCUUAAACGACAAAAAUUUAGAACCAGCAUUAAAAGUUAUUGUCAAGAAAUUUCCUUCUAUAGAAAAUUCAAAGGCUGUUCACAUGCAACCAGUCAUGCAAAUUCAUGUGAAUAUUAUCAAGGGACUUUCAAAUUAUUACUACACUUUUGUUGACAUAAUGACUUUUAGAGAUCAUGUGAGCGAAUUGCUAACACAAAUAGAUGCAAGUUUUGUUCAUUUUGACAUUACAUUAAAUUUUGAAUUGACGAAAGCUUAUUUUGAUUUGAUCACAACAUACGCAAGCAUUUUUUUAUUGAUGUCAAAGGUUGACGAUAGAAAAGCUGUUUUAAGUCUCUUUAAUCAUGCUAUUGAAAUGCAGAAAACACAAAGAUGCGACAAACUCAACUUUUAAGCCUAACGACUUCACCACAGCAAAUGUUAAGCCCUAUUAAUACAGAAACAGUUCCUUGUGAGUUCCUUUCCCUUGAAGAAAUGACAAGAUGGAUACUAUUCAGUUGUACAUUAUGCCCAAGCCAAAUCACCGCUCAGCCCAAUGUUGUUGAUGCCUGGAAAAGCUGCUUGCAAGAUGGAUUCUGCUUGACAUUGUAUCGUGAUGAGGUUAUCUAUAUACACAAAGAUAUUCAAACUCUUUUUGAAUCACUUAAAGGGUACUCAAAGCGAGGGAAGGAAGUUCAAGAAUAUUUGACUUCUUCAAUGCAGUACAGUCCUGCUUUCCAUCGAGAGCGUAGAAAAUAUUUGUUAACAGCAUUUGAUGAAAUGAUUUUAAUAUUUCGUGAUCAACCUGGCUUGUUUGGCCCUAAGCUCCUUGUUGCAUUGACUGCACUUUCUCAUGCUCGAGAUGAAAUACAAUGGCUGGUUAAACAUAAACAUCACCCUCCUCCAAAAGGGAAAAAGGUGGCGCUAGAUGAUUAUGAUGACAGUAUGCUAUCAAAGUUAAUGUUUGACAUAAUGGAACUUAGAGGUCUCUUUUCUAAGUAUUCACAUGUUAUUAAACGCUACUUUAUGCAGUAUUUAUCAGGAUUUGAUGUGGCAGUUUUAAAGAUUAUCAUACAACGUAUAUCAGUUUGUCCUGAAGAUGAAUCAAUGAUUAUGACAGAUUUUGUUGAAGCUUUGUCAUCACCUGAUAUAAAACAAGGUGAUGCAAGUGUCAUGCCAGAUUUUCGUGGCUUAAGAUUAGAUUGGAUGCGUUUGCAAACAUACACAAGCGUACGCGGAUCUGUCCCUGAAUUAAAAGAUAACAAAGAUCUUGCAAUGCUUAUGAACACUAUAUCUCUUCACACAAAACUUGUUGACACUCAAGAUUCUAUUCUUAAUGAAGUUUCAGAUUUAUCAUUGCUUUGUUUCUACCCUAGUCUAUUUCAUGAUAGUUUUCAAAGUUGUCUAAACAAUGUGCAUUUAAUAAGGUAUUCAAUUGCUUAUCCACUUGUUUGCUCAACAUUUCUUAAUAGUACACAUAGCAUGUGUCCUGAAGAACGCCACUUGAUUGGUGAUCGCAGCCUAGUAGCAGUCAAUUCAUUUUUGGAUGCCAUUUCUUUUAAAGCAACUCAUUUUAUUAGUCAGUUCUGUGAGGAGCAUUUAAGACUUUCAAGACAGUUAGAUCCGGGUAAUGCUGUACAUUAUGUGACAUUACUUGAAGAUUCUAAGUCAAAGAAGGAACGCCCUCGUCCAAUCCCACCAAAACCUGGGCAAGAAAGUCGCAGGAAAACUGUAGAAAACCAAAAACCGGUUGAUACUAAAUAUCAUAGUCAGAUUGAUUUACUUUUGGCAAUAACACAUUGUAAAGACAUUCAUGUUUGGGAACAUAUAUUUUCUCCAAAAGAAUAUCUAGUUUCGCAAUUAGAAGAAUUUUUUUCAAAAACAAUUUUUCGUCUAUUAAAUUACAAUGAGGCUACUCAAGAGAUUGCGCGUCCCUCUGCACUUUUGUCAGAUAUUCGUUCAUAUAUUACUACCUUGCAUCGCUUAGAAGAAUUUGUUAAUUUAGAUAUGGGCAGAAUUUUUAAUGCAACACUGUUACAGCAAACACAAAAUUGUGAUAAUACUGGUGGACCAACCCUCACCAGUACGUACACAUUUUGGUACAACGAAAUAGUUUUAAAGCGUAUUUGCUUAAAUGGUGGAGUUAUAUAUUCUCCAGUUAGAGAGUCUUUUAUAAGUAGAACAAAAGCAAGUUAUCCACCCAUCGCAGACUACACUGACAUGACAGAAAUGCGAGCAUUAUCAGAGUUGCUGGGAGCAUAUGGAGUCCGACAUUUCUCACGUAAAUUAGUUCAAAAAGUUAUUUUAGAAGUUGAAGAACUAAAGAAACUAGUUAUAAAUAACAAAGAUCUCUUGGUAUCAAUUUAUGAAAAUCCUCUAAAGUGUGACGUGUUUGAACUUGUGAAAAAAAUUAAAGGUAUUGAGGAUGUCAUAACUCGAACCACGUCAAUGGGAAUUCUUCUAAUUUUUAGACAGAUGCUGUCAGAUGGGUUAAAAGAUGUUCUUCCACGUAGAGUUCCUUUCUUGAUGAGAGUUUUAUCGGAUUUCAAAUCAAACAAUACACGAAAUGACUCAACUAUAACCCACGAGAUGGCACAAGCAGCAGGUUUGCACUUUGAGUUUGAUGCUGAGCUGUAUCAUUUACUUAGAAAUAGCAGAGAUAAAAUGGAGGAAGAUGGAUUUCUUUGGACAUUGUUGUUGGUAUUAUGGGCUGUUGCAGUACCCAUUCUAGCGUUCAAAGAUAAUAAUGAGUACAAUCCUCUUUUUGAAGCUCAUGAAAACAAUGCUCACUGCAUGGCAGUUGCUUUAAACUCACUUCCACAGGCACUUUUUACAAUUACAGGUGAAGAUGUUGAUGAAAAGAUGAAGAUUUUUUUAAAGGUUGCUACGUCUGGUUUGUUGAGGCUAGGCGUUGAUCAGUCAAACAAAGACUUAGUUGCUCGCCAGCGUUCUUCGUCAUUUGUAUUGUUAGACUUAAUUGUAAAGAAAUCACAGUACCUUUCGCAGGAUGAGUUUGAUAUGUAUUUCCCUUAUGAUCUUGUUCGAGAUGCAUACUCACAAGUUUAUAAGAAACAACGUCUUCAUAUUGCAAAAAGGAACGGGGAGUUAUCCAAUCAAGAGCAAGAAGCGGCUAGUUAAAGAUAAAGAUUUAUAGACAGCUAUCCGUUUGUUGGCGUGACUAGUUAAUGAAACCAAUAAGAACUUUUAAUUAAAAAUUGAAAACGAUUGUUUCAACCCUGAUUUACAUUUUAUGUAAGCGUAGUGAAAUUUAUGUAAUUAUUUAAGCAUAUUCCUUUAUUUUUAUAUUUUGUUAUUACCUUUUGUUAGCAUACUUUUAGUUUUUAUCACAAUUCUUUUUUUUUGGCAAGUUUUGAGUUUGUUUAUUGAACCGGAACCGAUAAAGGAGUAUUUUAAUAGCAUUUUUUUAGUGUGUGAAAUAACGAAUAUUCUAUUUGUCAACUUUUUUUACUGAGCUUUAAUUUAAAACAUUUUGUA